UAAGACAUCACAAAUGCAUGUUUCAAACUGCAAGAUGCAUUUGUGCUUUGGCUGCUCGAUCGGGUAAGGACGUUUUUAUCUUUAACGCAUGUAACGGCCAACAAUACAUCAGAUUUCCUGUGUGUGAUGAUAGUUCACUGACAGUGAUAAAAGAGGCCGACAAAUCAUACAAGGUGAGAUAUAUCUAGAUAUGUAUGCAUAAUAAAAUCUCCAUUAUACACUUGUUUACAUGAUAAAGUGAGAUAUACACUUGUUUUCAUGAUAAAGUGGGAUAUUCUCAUUAUGCACAAAAUCACACUUGUUUACAUGAUAAGUUGAGAGAUUUUCAAUAUACACAAAAACAUUUGUAUAUAUUCCUAUCAAGCAAGAAGUCUCUCAAAAUUAUAUCUUUCCGUUUGAUGUUGGAGAAUGCACAUCGUAUAGUACAAACAAAAUCUGUUUAGCCAGAUGUAUUAUCAUUCAUUGUGAUGACAUUUUCACAGAUUUUUUUUUCAACCGGUACCUACGUGAAAACAACGCUCCAGUUUAACAUAGACUGGUUCCUCCAGACGUAUGUGUAUCCAUCUGUGGCGGAUGUUGACAAAAGUUCCGGUCUGUGUGGCAUUCUCGGAAAGGGGACUGUAAACGAUCUGACAAGAAGGAAUGGGGCAAUAGACGAUCCAAAUGAUUUUGAUACGAUCAACCAUCCGAAUGACUUCUCGAUGUCCUGGAGGGUAGAAGAUGAUAAAGACCUUUUGAAUCCUAAUAUGGAUCUCGACACACUGACUUCUCUGAGUCGUGUUAAAACCCCACUAUGCACGUGUAACAGUAAAAAGACGGAGUGUAGUUAUAUAAGCUACACGGAUUGUGGGACUAUUUCAAGGGGAAAGCAAUAUCCGUGUCUAGUUCGCAAAGCCAGCAGUAGAAGAAAGAGGAACAUAAGGUCGUAUAAUGACCGUCCAGUUAAACACACAGACGUACUGAGUAAGAGGAGUACAAAGAGAACAAAACGAGAUGUCACACUCUCGGCGGAUGAAGCGACAACUAUUUGUAAUGCGGCUUUUGAGCAGUCUAUCACCUACCAAACCUGUUUUGAGAACGUGGCGGACUUCUCCAACGAUUCUAUUCAGAAUUGUGUAUUAGACGUCAUGGUUAGCUAUCGGCUGCUUCAGCUCUAA